UUUGGUGAAGGGUGCUGUAGCUGGACAACGAUUACGAGAACUUUGCUGGAGUUGGACUUGUCAGGGUGUGGGGGGACAGACACCUCGUUUCGAGCCAUGGCACAAGCUGUGGAAGCGAACAACACCCUCGGCAUUCUACUCUGCCAAGACAACCACCUGAGCGCUGACACUCUGAUCGAGAUCGACUAUGCCAUGGCUAGACCCAAGAGGCCUGUUCGCGAUCUGGUAGGGCAGGUGCAAAGAUCGAUUGACACACAGAAUUUCCUGUCCAAGGGUGUGGAAACCGGACAGCAAACGAAGGUUGCGGGUGUUCCACACGGAGGAGAGCCGUCUGUACAGCUGGCUCCGGGGCAAGAGACAAGCAUACAGGUUUCCUUCGGACGCAAGGACAACAUCAUCGGAAGCAUUCCGGUGCGUUGCUUGAGGACCUUCCCACUAGUCUAG